CUCAUUACUCAUGGUAUGGUCCACGACAUGUGUUUUUACUAGGUAUAUUUUUUAUUCUCACUUGAGUGGUUACGUAUCAAUUCUUUCCUAAUUCAUGCAUACCCUAUUUCGGACCCUUCUCUGCUAUCAAAGACGUAUACCCUAGGUCCCAUCCAGUCUGGGGCAGACUGUCGUCCAUGGUCCCCAUUCUCAGGGGUUAACCAGUACCAUGGUGAAGAAUAACGUAUAUAAUGUCAAGAAAGCUGCGACGAGAAGAAGCAUCCAGUUCAGCAUUCUUCCUAGCUUUUUUCAUUUCACAAAUUAUCGCAGUUGUUUCCCUCCAAACAACACAUAAGAGUUCGGCAGCAUGCAUUUUUUUGCCUUUGCAGCUUCUUGCCUUGCAACAUAUCUUGUUUCCGGUGCUACUGCGUCUCCAUCCACCCGAUCGCUCUCUAAACGAUGCACAAAUUCUGCAGAAGAUAGAUCUUGUUGGGGCAACUAUGAUCUCUCAACAAACUACUACGACGAAGUCCCUGAUACUGGAGACACUGUUGAAGUUUAUUUAGAGCUGGUUAAUACCACAGCUUCCCUAGAUGGUGUUGAGAGAAAUGUGCUUCUUGUCAAUGGUACAUUCCCUGGUCCAACCAUUAUUGCUAAUUGGGGUGACACUGUUGUUGUCCAUCUUUACAACGGCCUUUCAGACAAUGGCACCAGUCUUCACUUUCACGGUCUGCACCAGAAUUUCACUAAUCAGAAUGAUGGAGUUGCUUCUAUUACUCAAUGCCCCCUUGCACCUGGAGAGUCGAUCACUUACACCUGGAGAGCUACGCAGUACGGCUCAUCUUGGUACCACUCUCAUUUCGCUCUUCAGGCCUGGGAAGGUGUUCUUGGAGGCAUUAUAAUUAAUGGCCCGGCCACGGCCAACUACGAUGAAGAUGCAGGCAUCCUAUUCUUGAAUGACUGGACCCACGAGACAGCCGAUGCUCUGUACUCUGCAGCUGAAACUACAGGCCCACCAACGCUUGACAAUGGUCUCAUCAACGGCACUAAUGUCUACGACACUGGUGGUUCUCGAUUCGAGAUGGAUUUCGUCUCGGGAACUUCUUACCGCCUCCGACUCGUCAACGCCGCCAUCGACACAAUGUUUAAGUUCAUGAUUGACGGCCACACUAUAGAAGUGAUAGCUAUGGAUUUUGUCCCCAUCGUCCCAUACAGCACUACCUACCUCAAUAUCGGCAUAGGCCAGAGAUACGAUAUUAUUGUCACCGCCGACCAAGCCACCGCCGACUAUUGGAUGCGGGCCAUUCCCCAGACGACCUGCAGCGACAACGACUCUGCUGACAACAUCAAAGGCAUAGUACGAUACGACUCUACUAGCACUUCUGACCCCACUACCACCGCAUACACCUACACUGAUUCUUGCGAUGAUGAAUCCAUGUCCGACUUGGUUCCUUACCUCGCACUUGAUGCCUCCGACCCGGACAUAAGUGACGACUUUGCUGUUACUGUAGGGAGGUCUGGAAAUGUCUUCAAAUGGUUCAUGGCCGCGACAACCUUCGUUGCUGAAUGGGACAACCCGACCUUGCUCCAGAUCUCAGAGGGAAAUGACACGUACACGACCGCGUCUCACGUUAUUGAACUUCCAACGGCUGGAGAAUGGGUUUAUUUCAUCAUCGAAACUACCAAUGCAGUGCCACAUCCAAUCCAUCUUCAUGGUCACGAUUUCAGCAUCCUGGCUCAAGGCACUGGUACAUAUGCUACGGUCGCCCCAACACUGCAGCUCACUAACCCACCCCGUCGUGAUGUUGCCAUGUUACCUGGUGGCGGUUAUCUAGUUAUUGGAUUUCAGACCGACAACCCUGGCGCAUGGCUUAUGCAUUGUCACAUUGGAUGGCACACCUCAGAGGGCUUUGCACUACAGCUCGUCGAGCGUGUUAGUGAAAUUACAGCACUUAUUGAUGAAACAGUUUUGAGCGACACUUGUACAGCUUGGAACUCAUAUGUGAGCAGCAGUGGCGUUGUUUCUUCUGAUUCUGGCGUCUGAGCAAGCCUCUGUUGACACGGAGCAAAAUGAAGACUGUUUCGUUUAUCGAGAGCUAGAAGAGGCGAUGGAAGUAGUGAGCGAUAUGGAUAGAGGACGCAUAUCAGGAGGG